AUGGCUUCCAACGCCGACUUCAAAGACCGGCAGUUCCUCGCCGACUCUGUAACGGGCCUCUUGCUCGCGGGCAUCGGCCACAUCACUGCCGGCGCCGAUGCGCAGAAAAACUUCCUUGUCGUCGACAGCAAGACAGAGACCGCAGCCAUCGAAUCUGCCUUUGAGAGCUUUACCGAGAGAAAAGACAUUGGCAUCGUCUUGAUCAACCAGCAUGUUGCCGACCGGAUACGACACCGAGUCGAUACCUACACCGCUGCCUUCCCCACGGUCCUCGAGAUUCCAAGCAAAGAUCAUCCUUACGAUCCCGAGAAGGACAGUGUUCUGAGACGGGUGCGUCGUCUGUUUGGAGAGUGA